AUGCUUAACAACACAUUGGAUUAUCAUCAACAUCAUCAACAUUCACAACAAUCUCUGCAUAAAAAAACAUUAUUACCAUCUAUGACAUCAUCAUCACCAUCAUCAUCAUCAACAGCAACCACCACCAACACACGAACAAUAUCAUCGAAUGUUUUAUUUAAAAAUUCAAUUAAAUCUAAUUAUAGUUAUUCAUCACAGAAAUUAUUAAAUAAAUUCAAAUUAAAUCGUAUAAAAGACAGCAACGCCAUUUUAAUAUUGAAUCGUGCUACUAAUAUUAAACGUAAAUCAGCUAGCAUUCAUUUACAUCAUCGAUCAAUUAAACAAAAACGUUUAACUGCUUGUUCAUUAACGAAUCCGUCUUAUUCACCGACCACUACUACAACUACUACUGAUGUUACAUCGCUAUCAAAUUCAUCACAAUAUUCAUCAGUAUCAUUGAUAAGCAACAACAAUAACAGUUCAUCAAUUAUUGAACAAAAUAUUGAUCAAUGUUCAAUUUUAAAUGAACAAGAAGGAUUACUAAGAAAAUCAAUACAAAAUCAUAUAUCGAUGACUCAUUUAAAAUCAACGCAUAAUUCACCAACUUCUAAAAUGAUCACACACAAUGAUGAGAAUAAUAAUAAUAUUAAUAAUAAUAAUAAACUAACGUAUAGUAUGAGUCAUUUGAUCGAUCAUCAAAAUUCCUAUUCAAAAUUAACGGGGAAAGCAUCUGCAUUUUCUAUUGAAUCAAUUAUUGCGAAAAAACAAAAACAUGUUACAAAUUUGAAUGGAAUUAUUAUGAAUAAUAAUAAUAAUCAUGAUGAUGAUGCUAAUUACGAUCAAGAAUUCGCAACUUCACAUAUUUCUUCUUCAUCAUGCUCAACAAAUAAAUAUGCAAAUGAUAAAAAUCAAUAUUUCACGAGUUCAUUAUCAUAUUUGUCUAGUUCAGUGUUCAAUGAUGGUAAGUGA